CACACAGCAAGCUCAGAUGUCAUGAGGCGCAUGCGGAGCCCGACUGAACUGAUAAUAAUGAUGACAUAGUGAAAAUAGGACCAGUAAAUAUCGUUAAGGAUUUUAAUACACAACAAGGAUGUCUCCUCGAAUUGAUGAUGUUAUGAAGCUGUGCUGUGAGUUAUCUGCCAAUCAGCAAAUUAAGACUGCAGUAAAGGGUUCGGGGAAGGGAGCAGCAGCAGCUGGGGCACUGGCCUUUGCUGGAGGAUUGGUUGGGGGUCCUCUUGGUAUAGCUGUAGGCGGGGCUGCCGGAGGUCUUCUAGGCUGCUGGCUGACCAGCGAUCAAUUCAAACCACUUCCACAGAUCAUAAUGGAGCUCAGCCCUCAGGAGAAGCAGAAGCUUUAUGAUAAUCUCAUGGAAAUCCUGGGAGACGUUCAGUGGACUGAUAUGGCUCAACUGAUUGCUCUAGUGAUGGGCAAUGCAACCCUGAAGCAGCAACUUACAGCUGCUCUUCUUGGAUACAUCACAAAGGAGCUCCAGGCAGAGGUGCACUAUGUCGAUUAGUUGACACCGAGGCCUGAGUGCUCAGGAGGAUGCUCUCUUUAAGAUGAGUGUCAACUGCUUUUUUGACACUUCCAAGACUCUCAAUCAAAGGCACAGUCGGUAAUUUUUUGAGGUUAAUAGUGUAAUUACAUCAUCCAACAAAUUGGAUGAUGUAAUUACUCAUAGAAUUAAUCCAUUAAAAAUACAGUAUAUUGCCAAAACUAUUCACUCAGCCAUCCAAAUCAAUGAAUUUGGGUGUUCUGAUCACUUCCAUCGCCACAGGUGUAUAAAACCAAACACAUAUUUGAUGAUGAUCAUUUCAGUCCAUAGUUUGAGUUUUGUAAGAGUCCAUCACCCAUUACACUGUUCAGAUUUUCUUUUUUUUUUUUAAACAGAAUCAACAUUUUAAGAAUGAAAGGAUGAGGAAAUACAGUAUAUAGGAACAGGCACUGGUUUAUGGAAGCUGCCAUGUUCCCCCACCAUAUUUACAUAAAGGAGCCAAGAAGGACAUCUCCCUUUUGAUUAAUCGCGCUUUAUGUGUAUCAGCUGAUUUGACAUGUGACUCUCCCAUCUCUGGACAGCUUAUGAGCCGGCUAAACAACAACAACAACAGCUGGUUAACAUUAUGCCAGCUAAUGUUAGGCUCAGAUAUCCUAAAAAUCACACUUUCCCUCUGAUAAACAGUUUAAUUACAUUCUCACAUUAUAUGAGUUUAUUUGUUAAGCCUCAAAGUCCAAGAAAGUCGCAUCCCCUUCAAAGACAGUUUCACUAAUGCCAGCGAGCAGCAGUGCUUACAACAGAAAAGUUCAGCAAAUCCUCAACAACUCACCUCAGUAUCGCUGUCAUCAGUCAGAAGUGAGCUUCACUGACCCAUCGACCCGUACUGGACUCCUUUCAAAGUUUUACAGCCACUUCCAGAGUAAAUAAAAGUGGACGCAUCUCACAUGUGAGGUAAACAGUGGACUGACAGCCUUCCACAAAUAGGGGAAAAUCUCCGGGGCAGAUCUGGUCCAAAUAGUAGUAGGAAAAAACGCUAGUCGGCUGCAGCUGUUAUAAGGGAGAGUCUAAAUUUAAAUGUAUAAUCAUAUAUAGUAAAAAUGUGAAGACUCCACAACAAGGCUGGAAAGGAAAUAAACUGGUUAACAGAGGUACAUGUGUAAAAUGUGUUGAUGAAAAGAGCUGUGUAACUGGGUAAUUUAUUUAGGUAAGUGCACUUACUGCCUAUUGAUUGUAUUUAUUUAUUCUGUUCUAAAUGGUCAUCAAGUCUGGCUUUAAGUUACAGUUUAGUGAAUUUAAGGGUUAACUGAGUUGUGCGGCUACUCUGUUUUUAUACUCUGUCUUAUUUACAUAAAGAUUAUGAACUGAUUGAGCCAAAUUGCUGUUAUGUAAUAAUUAGAUUUCAUAUGCUUUUAUGAAGUACCAGCCUUUUUACAUUUUAGCAUAGAUUUGCCACCAGCUGUAUACAGCAUAUUGGAAACUUUGAAUAAAAAAUAAAACCAGUGCAGACUUCUCA